UCACACACUCGGGCUGCCGAUCCGCGCUCGCGAACGCCAAAAGGAGUCAUGACGGAGUAUGAGGAGCGCGGCAGCUGCGCAUCCAGCAUGUAUCUGCCCAGUUGUACUUAUUAUGUGUCGGCGCCUGAUUUUUCGUCCGUCUCCUCAUUUUUACCCCAGACCACCUCGUGUCAAGUAAAUUUCCCAUAUUCUUCCAACAUUGCUCAGGUCCAGCCUGUCCGAGAAGUUGCUUUCAGAGACUAUGGGAUGGAUCACAAAUGGCAUUACAGGAGCAAUUACACGUCCUACUACUCAACGGAGGAGAUUAUGCACCGAGACCUGAUCCAGACUUCGAGCAGGACGGAUAUGAUCUUUAAAAACGACGCAGUGUACAGUCAUCACGGUGGUACGAACACCACAUGCAGCUUUUACACGAACGUGGGCAGGAACGGGGUUCUUCCUCAAGGCUUCGACCAGUUUUUCGACACUGCCAGCAAUACCAGCGCGGAGAGACCCAACUCUGGACACUCGAAGGAGAAGACAGACCUGGUCGUCCCGGGAGAUGCUGCAUGCAGCAAACUGCCCUCAGACACGUCUGAGCAAGAGAAGCAAGGAGGAGGAGAGCCGCAAGAAAAUCAUGUGGGCGAAGGAUCUCCAUCGAACUGCACGGAGAAGAAGAUCAGCGUCCCAAGUUCUUCAAAGUCAAGGAAAAAGAGGUGCCCUUACACCAAAUACCAGAUCCGAGAACUUGAACGAGAGUUCUUCUUCAAUGUGUACAUAAACAAAGAGAAGCGUCUGCAGCUGUCACGGAUGUUGAACCUAACAGAUCGACAAGUGAAAAUUUGGUUCCAGAACCGAAGGAUGAAAGAGAAAAAGCUGAACAGGGAUCGGCUUCAGUACUUCACUGGGAACCCCUUGUUCUGA